AUGAUGGAUCGGAAUCUUGUGCUUCGUCAGCUACAGUACUCUGGAAUGAUGGAAACUAUCAAAAUUCGACGAAACGGCUAUCCUAUUCGUCACGAUUUUGAGCCAUUUGUCAGACGCUAUCGAGUACUGGUCAACGGAGUUGGAGCUCCCAAUCAAGUUGAAGUUCGUAGUGCUGCUGAGCAAAUCUGCAAGAAGGUGCUUGGUUCAGAAUCAGAGUUCCAGCUUGGCAAGACGAAAGUGUUUCUUAAAGAGAAGCAUGACCUCUUCUUAGAACAGGAGUACCAUCGAAUGCUGGCUUAUCGCGCCACUAUCAUCCAGAAAAAUGUUCGCGGUUGGCUGGCACGGCGAUCGUUCAUAAAGAAGAAGGAAGCGGCAACAGUGAUCCAGAAACACUGGAGGCGAUAUGAUCAGCAGAAGCGCUAUAAUCAGAUUGUAGCUGGCUUUUGUCGCCUGCAGGCGGUUCUUCGCUCGAGACAACUUGUGCUACACUACCAAACCCUUCGUCAUAGCAUCAUACAUUUCCAGGUAGAGAAAAAAAGAGUCGCUUAGGA